AUGGAUAAAGUUUCAUCAGACUGUCCAUACCCAGAAUGCUUCUUUUGUGUCAUGAAGGAAGCGGAUCCAAGUAAACGCAGAACAUGUGUGCUCAAGUUCUUUAGGGAGCUUCCGUGUCAAGAUGAUGAUGGUCAGGUUCUUCCUAUCAGUGGCCUUUAG